AUGAACCGCUCCAUUACUCGUUUGAGUGGGAUAGCAAGCACACUUACUCGAGGUUUCCGCUCUACAGCGUUCGUAGCAAUGCCGAUCAAGGUAAGAUCGUUUGCUAUAUUGGUAUAUCCCCAGUUUCUUUCAAAUGCAAGUAUUGGGGCUGCACAGAACUUCUUCACGGUACACACGAUGCGUGAAAGGUGAAUACUGUAAUGACCAGAGUGAACUAUCAAGACCGCAUGUGCAGUCACGGAAGAAGUUUAUUUCAGUAUCACAGGGGCCCUUUUGCGAAGUAACGUUUGAUGCUUUUAAGCACAAGGCAUCAUUAAUUCUGACAGCUGUAGAAUCCUUGAUCAAUACCCUCCAAAAUUUAUUUCAGAUCAAUAACGUGAACAUGAACAUGUGCUGGCUCAAAUUUUAAGAUGUGGGUCCAUAAUUAUGCUGUUUCAUGACUAAGGCAUUUUCAGGCUACUUCAUUUAAUAUGCACGCUCCCCAGAAUUUGAUACUGUUCGAUAUUAAAAUGUAAUUUAUAUGUUGAGUUGAAAUGCAGAAAAUAGAAGAUUAUAUCGUUAUACUUUUUGUUUGUGAACAUUGUGUUCAGGGGUUUCAUUAAGAAUUGCAGAAGCGGGAGAAUAGUGUGUAACAGGAGAAUAUUUUGAAAGAGCGAAGCUUUUUCCCGGAAAGAGCUUGAAAACGAGCCUGGAAAUUUUGCGUUUUAGACCCUGCUGAGAUGGCCUUUCCUAUUGUCUGAUAGCAAAUGUUAUUUCUCAUAGCUGUGGAACAAAAAACACUACAUACUUCUAGACGGUUUCAAAACACUUUUUCUUCGAAUUAGGCCAUCCCCACCUUUUUUUUAGUUUAGUGUCGAAUGCGUUUCCUGAUAUUGGGUCGGUCGGUCGGAAUGAAAAAAAAAAACCUUAAAAAAAAAAUCACAAGAAGUCUCGGAAUAGGAGGCCCUGGUACUUCAGGAUGACGUUGAAAGUUAACAUUUAUAUUUGGAUUAACAAAAUGCAUAAUAUACUGUAAAAAAUGUUGGUGUUUUUGUUCCAGUUUUUCUCAAUGCUGUUACUAUGCUCAUUUUUCAGAUUAAAAGAAUUAUUUCAAGUGAAAAAUGGUUUAACUACAUCGUUACUUCUUUUUUUUUUCGAAAAUGCCAAAAAUUUGGGUCGGUCGGACCACACUAAACGGAGAAAAAAAAGAGGAUGGCCUUAACAGGCAUAUAUUGUUAAAUUAUGAGCGACUUCUAACCCUGUUACACACUCCUAGAGUUGUGACAUGUGGCUUUAUCUUAUUAAAUACCAAACAUACCUAAGAGUGAAAAUAAAAUUAUUCUCAAUGCGUUUUAACUUCAAUUCAAUAUUUUUAGGAAUGUUUUCAAUAGUGAAAGCACGAGACAUGAGAAACUCUUCCCACCUCUACGGGGGGUGACAACUCUAACAAAGGCUGUUUGGGCAGUCCUAUGAAUAACGUAAUGUCCUCCCGGAAAUUUCGUCGACCCUCCCGAAUUUUUCGGUGGCAUUCCCCAUAAAUGUUUAACUUCCCAAAAUUGUUUUAACAAUUAAAAUUAAAAUUUUGAUUAGCAGCUUCUUGUUAAUUAUGUAACUUGUUAAUUAUCUAAACUUAGUUAUUUUUUCGUUAGAGGGUAUCAUGUUAACACAGAAAGGCUGUCAAACUUUUUAAGUAUAUAAAAUCGUGUUUUUUUUGUUUUUUAAUCACCGAUGAAUCAGGCGAGCGCUGAAGGGGCCAACCACUAGGGGGGUCUGGGGGCAUGCUCCCCCAGCCGAAAUUUUGAAAUCUUGGUGCUCUGAAACGCCAUUUCUAGUGUUCUGAGAGGACAAAUUCUGUCCAAAAUAUUCUCUAAAUCAAUUGCCCUUUUUAUGCUUAUUUUUAUUGGCGUGACCUCGCGUAGAAGUAGUCGAUAUAAUUAUUUUAUACAAGUUGUGCGGUUUUUGAAAUUGCUCUGGAAAUCACUUUCAGCUAAGUAUACUCUGUGUGGUGUCAUUGUCUGAGUAUCAUAAGAAUUCACUUGAAAAUUUCAGAACAACUGUCGAAAUCUGGAAUUUUCCUAUCCCGAACGCAUAUCGAUCGGGAUUCGGGAUUUUCGAGCAAAAUCGGAAGGUCCCCAACGAGAUCAGGAUGAUUAAAGAGUCUUCACAGACAUACUACUUUUUAUGGCCUCAUGUCCGUUUAACAAAGUUAAAUGAGUUUCGUUUUUUUCUUACGUACUUCUAACAUACUUUUUCAAGUUUUCCAGUAUGCAAUCAGUGGAAUGUGCUCUUAAAACUCAUUAUUAACAUGCAGCUUAAAAAUACCCCUGAACUAAUGUAUGAUGGAAUCUGGUGUGAAUUGAUAGUAUCUGCCUUGCAUCGGUAUGGUUCUUGUGUCAAUCCGCUGGGGAUUGCACGUGGUCAAUCGCACUCGAACUUCAUGCUAUUUUAGUUGGAAACGUUUUUGAUUGGUCUUUUCAUAUCAUGGGGAGUUAAGCCGUUUUCAAGUGUCAAAAUACAUAGAAUACAGCGUAUCGGCACAGGGUGCAUGUCACUGUAUACAUAUUGUUUGAUAACAUGUAAUAUCAAAUCUUUGUUCAAUGUCCCGAAAAUACCUCAUAUUUCCCGAAAAAUUUCCCAGGUUUCCCGAUUCCCUGCAAAAUCUCCAGAUUCCCGGAAUAAAUUUGUUUUUCUCCCGAAACAGCCCUUGUUAGAGCUGUCAACCCCCGUCACCUCUGUUGGUGACACAUGUGCUUGCGCUAGACGGAAAACAACAUUAAACAAAUUUGCUUGCAGCACAAAACUUUGCUUGUCUGGUUUAAUCAAAGGCAACCCAGACGUAGUAUGUGUCACUGAAUGAAUAUAUUAAUUAGGACAAGUUGUUGAAACUCCCAUGAACUAAAAUACGGUUGUCCAAAAGUCAAAAGAUAUCAAAACAAAGCUAAGAUACCUUUAACUGAACGUGUCCUUGUCUUUCCUGGCGGAUUAAAGUGGCAUUUUGUUGAGUUUUUGCAAUUGUAGGUACUAUCCACUAAAGAAGAAUUAAAGGCUGGCUACAAAACAAACGGACCAUCUCCAUGUGCCAUCACAUGAAGCGCUAUAAAUUCGAGAAUAAUCGACGAAUCCGCUCCAAAUUCCCAUCGGCUAAUCUGCAGCUAACUGUGUGUGUGCUCCGGUUUCCUGCUCACUUGCUCCACAAAACCCAUCGCAACUGCACAAUAAUUGCUCGCUCAUCAACAAACAAACGCCUCGAUAUGACCGCAAACUACCAGGUUUAAUACGCGACAUGAAUAUUCAAGCUUAGCGAGGAAAUGUGGUACGUGUUUUUAUUCACUUUUUCCACUGCUGCUUAUUUCUUUUAGCUCUGCUAUAAAAUUCGUAUCUGUUCGGUGAUCCUAGGGCAAAUUAGACCUCUUUGAAAGUUACAAGGGCUUCAAUAUUAUUUUCCUGAUUGAUUGACCUAGAAGCAAUGGUACCAUCCCUCCCAUAGCUAGUGCUUCAUUGUCUCGUGGAUGCAGUCGCUAAUCUUGAAUAUUCACAUCGCGUAUUAAACCUAGUAAUUUGCGGUCGUAUUGAAGCAUAAAGGUCAACAGUGUUUGCAGUGCAGCUGAUAAGUUACUUGUUUUCAAUUAAUGAUCACAGGCUCAAGUUUAUUGGUUUAAAAAUUCAUACGAAAUAUGUUGUGUUUAUGUCACUACGGCCCCGCACUAUUAAGAUUUUGAUUUCAAACUAACCUCGGACAUAAAAAUUCCGCCAGUUGUUUAGAAAUACAGGCGGGAAAGACCUUUUCUUACCAAGGUCACUCUUUGGUCACGUUUUGCGUACAAUUUUUAUGCUUUGCUCGGUCAAAAUUAGACAUGUGAGUUCAUGCAGAAAAUUUAUGCAGCAUCUUGAAACUUGUUUACUUUGACAGCUGAAGCUGACAGAGUUUUGUGUCAACUUGUGUUGUUUUUAACUGUCUUUUUCCACUGGACGUACAAAAUGAAAUACAGCUGCUGUCAAGAGUCUUCUGUUAUUCAUAUUUGUUUUUUGAUUUCUGGUUGAGAUGUUUUGCUUCUCAAAGUCGGAAAUGCGUUUUGGUUGGCAUCGUUUUCGUUUUUCACCUUGCUUGAUGCGUAAGAGGGUUCAAAAGUCUCAAGUGAUUCUGGCCUUACUUGAAGGCUUUCAGGAGCUGCAUCUCGAAUGGUAAGCCUGAGUAAUUAUUGUAUUUGAUGUUUGCUUUUUUAUAUCUAAUUUCAUGAAGUCGAGCACAGUUUAUGCGGCAAGUUUAUGCACAUUUUUAAGAUUUGAGACAAUGAUCUGACAUAGUAUCAGGUCGGAACAGAACUUUAAAAAGCCUUUAGAUAUAUUUUCUAGAAAGAAAACGUUCCGAAGAAUAUUUACGUGUAGUUAUAAAUUUGGCUGUAGAAAGAAAACUUCUUGCCUUGAGUUCAUCUUUGAAAAAGCAAACACUGGGAGGUGGGCUUAAAAACAUAGACUUACGCUUUAAGACUCAGGAAUUUUAGAAAAACUUAAAUACUUGUCCUCGUGAAUGAAAAUAGUUGUCUCUGUAAAUGUUUCACUGAAUUAUGUUUCUUUUAUUGAUUGUUAGCAGUCUCUCUUGCAAUUUUAAUCACUGUGCCGUUUGUUUUCAGUCGUUCAUGAACAUCGUCUGCAGGAGUACUCAAAAUGCUGUGCGUAUCAAAUGCUUUUUAAGAUUACACAUCGUUAUAAAACCAUUAAAUAUUAAAAAAACUUAAUAUUAUGUUGAAACGUUAAAAUCUAUUAAUGUUCACAAGAGUGAGAACCGGCUGGCCGUCUAGGUGACUAAUUUUGGUUUCACGAAAAGCCCAUGAUUGAUCUUCCUGAAUAUUGACUGAGUGCAAUUUGUCUUGAAAAACUGUGAAAUACUGCAUUCUGUCUGAGGUCUGUAUGACAAAUAGCACUGUUUCACCUCAAAUGUGAUGUAUUAAAAGUAUAAAAGGUUGUUUUAUACACUCCCAGAUUUGUUGGCAAGAUUUUGUAUUAAACUUGUCAAAAGCAAAAAAUUCAGCCUGAUUUGUUUUGCAGGCCUAAUCUACUGUGAUCAAGAGCCAUUAUGGCUCUUGAAUGUGAUUGAAGGGGAUUGCUACAAUGUAUUUUUUGGGUGUACAUAUAACUAGGCUAUCAACUCGAUGUAAGAUGUUUUACUCUAAAAUCACUCAGCCUUUUCCUCUAAAGUCACAUGAAUGUACCCUUAAGUUAACUGAUUUGUGGUUUACAAGUUUGUUGUUUGAUUUAAACCAGGGCUCAAAGUUUAAAUUUGAGUUUGGGAGCACUUGUGCUACCAGAUGUAAAUUUUUAGGCGCACUGCCGAAAUUUUAGGCGCACAGCUGAAAAUUUUAGGAGCACAGCUUAUAAUGUUGGGAGCAUCGAUUUCAAAGAAAAGUAAAAAGCUGAACAGUGCCACGUUUAUUUGUCAUCUUCAGUUUGUUACUUUUACUUCAGUCCCAUGAUUGACAAAACACAGCCAAUUUGCUAUGCAGUAAUACCGUUGUGAUUUUUAAUACUAAUUUCUCUUUUUAACAGUACAGUUGUGACAAAAGAAAACUUACACUUGAAAAACAAUUCAAAACUGACAACAAUGAGUGUGUCGAACAAGAAUGAAAAUUAAUCUUUAAUGAAUUUGUUAAAUGCGCAAUGACUUACAUGUAACUGGAAUACGACUUAAAAACUUUCUUACCUGGAAAAAAAGGCUCUUAAUCCGCAAUGUUUUUGUUUUGAUUGAUGUUAAAACUGAACGUUCGUAGCAUAUAUUUGCAUGUGCCAGUGGUGUUUAUUACAAAACAGAAGAGUCUGGGAUGGAGUAAAACAUCGAAACGAAGAACAUUUGAGUUCGUAGAAUCCAUUGGGAGAAAAGACCAAUUAAACAUUCACCGUCUUUCUAGUUCGAGUUCGUAAGUAUAGUUGGAAGUAAGUCAGUCGCACUGUGCUUUGGGUUUUACGGCGCACAGGUGCGAUUACACAUGAAUUUUUAGGCGCGCAACCAAAAAUCCAGUCGCAUAUGCGACCAGUUAGUCACUAACUUUGAGCCCUGUAAACCAUAAGUUUAUUAAUGGCAGCUUCGCUUUUAGCCCUGGCUAAAUCUAUACAUUAGUAAUCUGAUACUCUGUCAUUCAUAUACGGUAAACAUCGCCAAAUUUAUUUCCAUAGCAGGUCACAAAGAAAUCGUUCUUUUUAUUCAUAAAGGUACUUGAUUCUUAUCGCUUAAACUUUUUUUUGUCAUAACUUUGCUACUAUGAUUUGUUCAUCAUGUGCUUUAUUUUGUUUCACGCUUUGUUACAUUGGUUUUUAUUUGUUUAAUAAUUUUUCGCGUGCAAAUAAAAAAGUGUCAAGCAUACAGUCAACUCUCCAUGCCUCAGCAAACUGUCAAAUAUUUUACACAUGCCCUGUUAGUUUUGUUGGUCUUAAAACUGCUAGCAUUUAAAUGAGAUCUGUUAUGUAUUAUUGUUAUUUAUUUAGGAAUGUAAAGCAAGUGGCUAAGCGCUAAAAUUACGCAUUUUUGACAAUAAUGUUCUUUCACAUUAACAUAACGUAUCCACGUCUGAUUCGUCUGAAUAAAAAAUAGCCAUACUUCAUUGAAAUUGAACUGGAGAAUUAUGCAUAGUAGGCAGAGAAUUCUCCAAUCUGCGAUGUUUAAUGAAACCCAUGGCAGGAUUUUCAUUGAGAAUUCUAGUAGCAGGAGAAAGAUGUAACGUCACAGGAUAAUACGGUAUUUUAUUUUGAAAGAGACUCCACAUCUGAAUAAAAAUAGUCAUAGGCCACUGAACGUUAGCUGGAGAAUUCAGUGUAGUAGAUGGAGAGUUCUCCAAUCUCUGAUGCCUAAUAAACAUCCUGAAAAGGUCUUAAUUUUCUGGGUUAUAGCUUUUCCAGAACUGAAGUCUUAGGUCAUAGGUCUUUGGUCUUUAAUAGUUUUCCGUACAACCGGGGAGGAUACAAAUGUAUGUGAGGUUGGUGCUAAAAAGAAAGUCGUCUAUGAUAUAACAGGUUGGUGAUAAGCUGCCAUCUGUUCAAGUCAUGGAGGGAACUCCAAAUGGCAAAGUCAACAUUGCAGAAUUGUUUGCUGGUAAGAAAGGAGUUCUGUUUGCUGUGCCAGGAGCCUUUACUCCAGGCUGCUCAAAGGUUUGUUGAAAGUUAUUAUAAAAUGUGAUUAUGUUUUGUUUAGCAGAAUUCAGCAUUAGCCAGAAAAACAUUCUUAUCAAGGCAUUGCUAGAAGGAAAAUUAGAAAGACUUUUCCAUACUUACGUGUAGAAUAGAGCAAAAAAAAAAUAAGAAGGGAGCGGGUGCGUUGUGGAAAGUUGUUUCUUGUUUCAAAAGGCUAACUUACCUAUUUUUAUCCAUAAUCGUAGAAGUUAAUAAGUUAAAAACGAGCAGUUAGCAGACCGAUGAACCCCCAUUAUGGGCGUCUGGAAUUAUGUUUUAUCAAAGCUCAUACUUUUUCAGAAAUGGUUUCUGAUUAAAAACAUUAAUUUUUUUACUUUCUUGACCGUUUCCUUUGAUUGAGAAAAAAACAAAAAAAGGUAAUCUAUUGUGAAUGGAAUGAAUUUAAAUUUAUUUGUUCUUUGUCUUAAAAACAGACCCAUCUGCCUGGAUAUGUAGAUGAUUUUGACAAAUUUAAGGCAAGUAAUGACAGUAUGAACUUAUUUGUUUUUUGAUCCUGUAGUGUAUUUGAUUAUGUUCAAAGGUGUCAUGCAUAUGUAUCCCAAAUAAAAAAUUAUUGUACACUGUACUCACUAUCUGUCUUCUUAUUGGCUCAGAAGAGCCUUACAGUUAAUUUUGGAAAUCGGUGCAACCUACAGAGUACACUGUUGUUAGUUAUCUGCUAGCAGAUAACUAACUAAUGUGCAAUUCUGUAGAUUCUGUGUGCAAUGCAGGAUUUCUUCUUGUAAGAGAAACGUAAAAGUGUGCGCUGUGUUAUGGUGCAUUAUGUUGUUGUAAUUUUCUACAAAACAUAAUUUAUAUAAUAAAACAUUAUUAUAAAAUUCGGUUUUUGUGAUCUGCAGAAUAAUCAGUGUCUUGCUUAAUUGUUUCAAAAAACCUUAUCCAAUAAUUGAAUGUUUAUAUCUUUGUUUUGCAGGCCAAGGGAGUAGAAGUUCUUGCUUGCGUUUCUGUCAAUGAUCCUUUUGUAAUGGCAGCAUGGGGAGAGGCGCACAAGUGUGAAGGCAAGGUUUGUGUUUAGUAAAGCUUAUAUUGAAAGGUUACAAUACUGUACCCCAUAUACAGUGCACACUACUUGCAAAAAAGCUUUCAAAUGAUGUAUACUUUGAAAAAAAAUCAUACUGAAAAUAUAAUCCUCCAAUAAUAUUUUUAGUCAUCCAAAAAUGCAAUGGAGUAAACUCAAUCGACUGGAAAUUUUUUUAGUACGCUGUAAAACUUUAAAGUACAUUUUUCGAAGAUGCCUUUUUGUAUAGAUUAUAGGUCAAAAUUAAAUUCAGGUUGAAAUUUUUUCCUUUGUCUCCUAUCCCUAAGUAUUCAUGAAUUAGGGCCAUAGGUAACCCAGGCUCUGUGAUGCUACCACAGUAUGGUCCCAGUAAAAUUACAGUAUUAUUUUGAAUGGGGUAAAAAUUACGUCCUAAAAUUUGUAGGAAAUAUUAAAUAAAGGUCAAUGGAACUUACUCUGCAGUUAGUUGUUGUUGUGCUUAAAGCUGAACUGAAGUUUCCUGAUAAUUUCCUCAAAUUCACCCUCCAUACUAGGUAGGAGGCACGAGAUGGCAUCUCAGCCGCCCUGCUCCCUUUCCAACGCAAUUUUUUUUCACAAAAUUCAAACUCCAACAAUAAAUAAACAGCUAGGAUUGUAGAGGUAGGAUAGCAUCAGAUGUAGAAAGCAAUGAAGCUUUCCCAAAAUAAAUCCAGCAGACUUUGGCAAACUUGAAGGGUAUAAUCCAAAAAGGCCUAAACUACUUGCACCAAAGUGAACAAUAGCCCCUGAGAAAAUGUAUUUCCAGCAGGGGAGGCUAACUUUUGGGCAAGUUAUGUAUCAGUUCCUAGAAAGGUCACCCCAGGACACCCAGGAUGGAUUUGGUUUGUACAGUGCCCAGGCCUCAUUUGCUUGGCUGCAUGUUGAUCUGGUCCAGCCACUUCUGCGCAAGUGAUUUCAGCCUUUUUGGAUUAUAUCCUUCAAGUUUGUCAAAGUACUGCUGGAUUCAUUUCUCUAGCUGGGAAAGCUUCAUUGGUUUCUAUAUCUGAUGCUAUCCUAUAAAUUUUUUUAUGAUUCUAGCAUGUUUACCGUAUUUACCGUUGGGGUUCGAAUUUCGUGGAAAAAGUUGUGUUGGAAAGGGAGCAUAGUGGCCAAGAUGCCAUAUUGUGUCUCCUACCUUGUGUAUUAUGAUAUUGUGUGGAGGGUGGAUUUGAGAAAAUUAUGACGAAACUUCGUUUGAGCAUGAAGGACAACAACAACAACCAACUGCAGAGUAAGUUCCAUUUGGCUUUUAUCUAGUAUUUCCCUCAAAUUUUAGGAUUGUAUUUUUACCCCAUACAAACACUGUCAUUUUACUGGAACCGUACUGUGGUACUAUCACAGAGCCUGGCCAGGCUGCUUGUUAUUAGGACUAGGAGACAAAGGAAAUUGAGAAUCAACCUAGUUUAAUAUUAUUUAACCUGAAUUUAAUUUUGACUUGUAACAUAUAUAUGAUAAACUCUACAGACCAGAAAUAUGACCCUAAAAUAAAUUGUCAUUUUUUUUCUUCAGAAGAAUGAGUUCUCCCCAAAAAGUUCUUUAAGACAAGUUUGUAAAGUCUAUCCUUUUCACAGACCCUCUAUUAUUACUAUUAUUAUUAUUAUUAUUAUUGUCAAGCAUGCAUUUGAAAAUAAACACAGCAGGGAAUUUAUUGACCACUAGUGCAAGGAGAAAAUCACAGACCCUCUGUUUUCUCUCCAGAGAUCAUCGAGCGCACGUAUGUAAAUAAAAACCACAGGGAAUUUGCGUGCUCGUUGAUUUUUGAAUAGGAAAAGAAAACAACGUCUGCAUACAGGCUAGUAUUUUAACCAACAAAAUCUUUGGAGCAGAAAAUUGUCAAACCUUGCAGAGGUCUUUAUAUUACUCCCUGCAACAACAAAAGUACCAUGAUACUUUGGGCUUUGGGCAAAGCAUUCGUCUUGAAAGUGGUGUCUCUUUUGUAGCAGCUUGUUAUUAGAUAGAGGCUAUAAUUUCUAUCUGGCUUGCUUUUUUUUGUGUUAGAUACGCAUGUUGGCUGACACAGCAGGUGAAUUUACAAAGGUAUGUGUUGCUUUUCAAAUGCUUAUAAAUUAUUCCGAUGCUCAACCUAAUUCGAGGAUCAUUUCAACUUUCAAAUCAAAUUUUGAUAAUGUGCCAUUAAUUCAAGAUAAAGAAAUCCUUUCUUUUUAUAAAUAUUUUUUGAUAAAAUUGCCAUCUAAAAUAUACCAGUUCACUGAAUUUUUGAAAAAUUCUAUUGUUUAUUUUAUAGCUUCUGAGUUGAAUUUCACAGGAGAGGGGCUGAGAGAUUUAGGACUCAUUUUCCCACACCCUUGCUGCUAAAAACCUGUUCAGAUGGUGUAGUUCCAGAAAAUAUCCAUACAAAUCCCCCCCCCCCCCCCAGAGGGCACUUUUGCUUUAGACCCCCAUCCCUCCGGAACUUCCAUUCCCGGGGGUGCUUGUCAUACCCCCAAUUUCCGUCAUUUUUCAACUUGAUUGGGUAGCCUGUGGAAAGAAUAUUUGUGUCAAAAAUGUUGUUGCACUAUAUUAUUUUGCGAACUUAUUUUUUUCUGCAAUAAAAUGAGAAAAAAUCUUUUCAUUCAUGUUAAUACGGUGUCUAAUAAUCUCAAGGACGUUCUUAGUUGAUACAAACCAUAGAGGUUAUACCUUGCACUACUUUCUACACGAAUAAUGUCAUCUGCAAUAGAACCAGUUACAUUCAAACUAAACACCACGUGAACUUUCAUUACUUCAUUUCAGUUAGAACAUGUCACAAUAAAGAUGAUCAAUGCAAAUUAUGAUACUUUUUUUGAAACAUUGGUAACAGUAAAAUAACUGAUAGCUUGCUCAACAGAGAAGCUGCUAUUUAUUAAUAACUCACCAAUCUUACUCAGACCCCCUGGAAAAAACCUCUGUAAGCAAGCCCCCAGCCCCUCGGAAAUUGCCUCCUUUUGGACUCUCCCUCCUCUCGGAAUUUCCGUCGCCCUCCUUUGGGGGGGGGGGGGCGGUGGGGUAUGGAUAUUUUCUCGACCUACACAUUGAAUUUUGUUUUUGAUAAUAGCCGUGCCUAAAAUCAGGGAAAUCUAAAUAUCUGUUUCAGGCGGUUGACCUGGAGCUUGACGCGACACCAUUCCUGGGCAAUGUGCGAUCCAAGCGUUACUCUAUGCUGAUUGAAGACGGAGUAGUUAAAGAGCUUCAGCUGGAACCAGAUGGCACAGGAUUGAGCUGCAGUCUGGCCAACAAUCUGCUUAGUCUGCUAUAG